AUGCUCGGCACGCUCCUCCUGCUCGUCUCUGUCCUCCUCCCGGCCGGCUUUGUCUGGCUCCAGUUUGCGCUGCACCUCCCGGCCCGCGUCUUCAUCGCGGCGGACGGUUCCGCCUUCCUCGCUUCCGAGUGCGACGCCAUCCUGCGCGUGCUGGAGGACGCGGCGGGCGAGCGUGUCCUCAGCGGCGGCCCGCCACUCUGGGACAGCGCCGAGGAGUCGCAGCACUACCUCCCGACCAAGGAGGUUCGCGUCGCCGAGCUGCCCGCGCUGGUCGCGGCGACGCGGCCGGGCGUCGACCGCACGCUCGGGCUGCUCCGCCGGCUCUACCCGCUCGAGGGCGCGCGGCUCCGGCUGGCCGACCUGUACGUGGCGCGGUACGACGCCGACGGCGGCGUGAGCGGGCUGCAGCUGCACGUCGACGCGUACACGCUCAGCUUCUCGGUCGCGCUCAACGCGGCGGACGAGUACGGCGGCGGCGGGCUGGAGUUCGACGCGCUCGGGCAGGUGCGCCGCGAGCCGCAGGGGAACGCGCUCCUUUUCCCGUCAAAGCUGCUGCACCGCGGCGUGCCCGUGGCGCAGCACGGCACGCGGCACGCGCGCAACCGCUUCGCACUCCUCUGGCGGGCGGGCUCGUCGGAGGACCUGCUCGAGCUGGCGGUGCUCAACGCCGGCCUCCUCGUCGGCGCCGUGCUGCUGCGGCAGUUCGUGCUCUGA